AUUUAUUUUUAUAAUGGUGUUAUUAAAAUUACGAUGAAGCUAUCCAUAUACCUAGGUUAUAUUCGUGUAUAAUUUUAGUACGUUUUGCAUUCAAGUGGAAUAUUUGUUUUAAAUUUUUUAUAAUGCAAUGCUUAACAGACUUAGAUUUUACUAUAAUUUUAUAGCAGUGAUGUUUGAUUAUCAAAUCUACUUUAAAGAAUACAACAUUAUCUAUGACGUAGUAGAAACUUCGUAGUAGAUGCGAAAACUACACAAGACUACAGUAAUUGUUAUAGCACGGUUUUAAAUUGUGUUGUGCAAAUCAUUUCAUGAAAAGAUGGCUUUGCCAGUAGCACAACCUGCUGAAGUUCUACGUGCAUGGCAAAAAGACGAUCAAUACGAAAAACAACUGGCCGAUUCCAUAUCUAAACUGUUACCAUUACAGCACGGUUCAAAAGCUAUUCCAAUAUCCUCUUUGCUUUAUAAAUCAUUUACAACCUUAAAAGACCUACAGACUCUAGGCGAAGAGUACUCUGGAAUCGUCCAAGUAGAUGAUAGCUACCACAAACUGCCAAGUUACUACGCACGUUUAGCAAGCGUAUUAUUAUCAACUUUUGGUGAAAAUCUAACUCGAAGAUUUGUAAAUCAUGUUGGAAAAAAAAUUGAACAAAAUCGAUCACUGACAUCUGAAGCCCAAGAUCUCUUUUUGAUUGCAGUAAAGACUCUUGGUGAUGUUUUGCCACAGAUACAAAGUAUUCACAGGGCAUUAUCUUACAUCUGCGGAGGACCUUUACAGAUAGGUAAAAAUCUUACUGGCAUUGACUAUGUUCAUGUUAGACCUGCUGCAACUGCUUCAUAUGCUCAUUUAAAUUUACUAGGCUACAUAACAUUACUGCAUGCAUUUGUAUGCUGCGGACAAAGUGUUUACUUAGCGAAAAAACAUUUGGACCAAUUAAAAGAAAUUCCCAAUGAAGUGGAUAAUGAAAAGACAUGUGUUGCAUGCUUGGAGGAAAUAUUACAACCUUGUGUUCUUCAGUGUGGCCAUAUAUUCUGCCAUCAAUGUUGCUAUGGCGCACUAAACAGUUGUGCAUUGUGCAGGACACCAUUUACAAAGAAUACUGUUGUACCACUAAUGAACUAUUAUCCUGGAGGUUAAAAUUCAUUGUGAUUGUUUAAAAACAAAAUUGUUUAUUGUUUUUUAUAUUGCACUUAUAAACUUCAUAUUUUUGCAAGUUAUGGUUU